GCAGUUCGUAGCUUCAAGUUCUUUUUUAUUUUUGCAGAGGGCUGUAACACUAGUUGACGCAGGAAAUAGACUGAUUUCUUCUUCAUGAAUCGAUUAUAAAACUCUGCAUUAUGGCUGCUCUUUUGAAGGUGGGUCGCAAAAUCAAUAAUUUUAAGAACUUUUCUAUGUUACACGUAGUAUUUUAUUAUUGCAUGGGCGAUUAUUGUAACAAAUUGGUUCAAAAUAAGACUUAAGCUUACGUUAUUUUUUUUAAGCUUAAUAUCACUUUAAUUCAUGUCAAGUAUUUAUUAACAACAUGUUUAAUUUACUCUAAAAAGAAAUUAAAAAUGAUAACGCAACACUUUCAUGCCCAUGUAAAUUCAAGAUCGAACAUUAUUAUAAAAAGACCCUGCCUGGACCUUUUGGGAUUUGUGACAAUUACAGUAUGUUGUGGUUCUGAAGUCAUUUUCCCCUUUUGAGGGAAUUUUGAGAAUCAACCCACAGAUGUUAGGUUUGAAAAUGAAAAAAUAAAUAUAUAAAUGAAAUAAAUAACCUGUAUUUUGAAUUUUGGCCUCAGACAUAAGAACAUAUCAUGACCUACUCUAAAUUCAGCAGUUUGAACGACUGGAUAUGGAUAUUGAAUUAAACUUGAAGCAAGAGCCUGGGAAAUGCCAUUUAUACACACUAUUUCGAGAAAGGUUGUCACAAAAAACUUGCACGGGACAAUCCCGAAAGGUAAUAUGGGAUAUAAUCAAUGCACUGUCCCUGACACCGAAACUGUCAAACCUACUUUUGUUGCUUUCCUUUAGCAUCGGCAAACAUACAUGUAAGUCCAUGGCCUCUCAUGCCAUUCUUUCAAAUUUCCUUGAAGAACAGCAAAAUCAAAACCAUCCACCUUUUGGGAUUGUUGCAUGACUUUUUCCAACACCUAGUUUCUUGAAAAAAAUUUAGCUGUAUACAAACAAAGUGACUUAAUGUCAUGAGGAUAUUGCUGUUUGUGCUGACGUCAUUUUUAGUGCCUUUACCCGCAUACACAAAAUCCUCCUGUAGCAUUUAAAAAGAAGAGACAUGUAAGAUACCAAUGAAAUUUCAUCAGGAGGCACUAAUCAUAGGUAAUAAUGGUCUGUAAAAGGCAGGGCAAGAGUGAAUUGAGGUCUAAAAUUUUGAUUACCUCCACUCACUUUGCACAGUGGAAAUCUGUUGACAUCCAAUCAAACCUGAUCAGUGGAGGAGAGAGAUAGACUUAAAUCAACCUUGUAAGUUACAGUAGAACCUCGAUAACUCGACCUCAGAUAACUCAAAUUUCCUGCUAACUCAAAUUUUUUUGUGUGUCCCUUAAGAGUUCAUGUUCCUGAGGUUCCACCGUAUAGUGUUUACGUCGGGUCAUUCAAUAAUAUUUGCUGAAUUGUUUGUCUUCACAGGUUAAUAGCAAAAUUCUGACAGGCGAUAUUGCAGACCAGACCAGCUGGAUUAAAAAGGUACAGGCGGAAGUCAAUGCUCCUAUGCUGAGCAUUAUGGCUGCAGCAUUUAGAAGUGUUUAUAGUUUUACCACUGGACUUAUAGUUAUACCAGCUGCACAACAAGAUGGAGUAGUGUAUAAGUAUACAUUGGCGAAAUGCGAAGGUGCAUGUAUGAAUGGAUCAAGGAGCAUGAUAGGGAUAUAGGCGGCUUUCAAGAACUGAAACUUCAGCCAUCUCUGAACAUGCCAAUAAGACCAGGCAUUAUCCGCUCUGGGAUGAGGUUAAGUUUAUUGACUAAGACCCUCACUGGUAUUCUCAUAGAGUCUUAUUCAUUCAAGACUUCACACCAACAAUAUCAACAGGGACAGUGGAAUUGAGAUUCCUGAAGCAGGCAUUCCUAAGAUUGAACAGCAUAGCCAGCGUGCAGAGAAAGUCAUGUCCGAUAUUCCGGGGCUAGGUGGAUUUUGCUAUCAGGCUAGUGAUUUUAGUUCUUAACUUGCCUGAAGGUCAAGUGCUGUUUUUUGGAGAAAUUCAAAUUACAGAGGAUUGUAAUCAAUCCUGCUAAUCAAAAAGGGUUUUGGGGCUAGUUGAAAUGACUUGUGGGCUAGUACAUGCUAGCUACAGCUUGCCCAAAUGGCAGGCUGUAAGACUGACUAUCUUUGCACCCUGAUAGCAUCCAAUCAUUACCACAACAGAUUGCUGAGGGAACAGUUUCCUCCUCUAACAAUACCAACAAUGCUUUGGAUUGAAACCCACGGACCAUGAGUGAGGUUCAUGAUACGCCGGUCACUAACAACCAUGUAAUGGUGGUACAAAUAGUUCUACUCAUUAAAUCGACUUAUUGCCUCGCUGAUUUUGUCCUGCACAUACUGUUGAAACGUCGGGAUCAGUAUCUAUGUGACAAUUGUGAGACUAAUGAUUAACAAAACCCUUUAAUUACUCCUUUCAGACAGGGGCAAGGGCACAUUUGAGAGCCAUUGGUUUCAAGGUAAAUAUCUAUGUUUAAGGUAUCACCACUAGGGUGUGGCAAACAUGCUGUCCAUCAACCUGGAGUAAAGGCCUGUUUACAUGGAGGUGGGAGACCCCAAGCAGGUGAGGUAACCCACUUUGGUGGGUAACCCUCCUGUCCACAUAAUCUCUCAUUAAUUUUUUUUAAUUUGAUCACGUUUACAUGAUAGGUGGGGUGACCCGCAGCAUGUUACCUCACCUAUCUGGGGUCCCCCACCUCCAUGUAAACAGGCCCUAAGUGGUGCAACCUGUUGAGCUUGUUUUUGUUGUUGUUGUUGUUGUUGUGUUUAAUUGUGAGUUGUGAAAUUACAAUUGGUAAUUGAAAUUGACAAAUUGCCCAACAUGCAAGGAACAUUUGCUGAGAUAAAGACUAUGUUAGUGAAAAAGGGGGUUUGGUAUCUCCAAACAACUGCUUCAGGUCCUUAAUUUUUAGCAAUAUUUUGCCUUCAUUUCUGGUUUUGUUUGUUUGUGGUUUUUUGGGUGAAUGAAAUCACAAAGUGGAACUGAUGCAUUACAAUAAUUUUUAUUGGUGGUCAACUUCUUUUAAAAAGCCACACCUUCAGAUGCUGCGAAUGACUAAUCCCCCAUUAAUAUUUUUAGACAAGUUUAAGUUUAUUAUAAUUAAGCCUAGUUCAUUUUUUAUGGGAAAUUUAUUGUUAUAUGAAUGGAUGGAAUUUGAGUGUACUGUGCAAAAUCACUCUAUCCAGCUCAUUGGGUAGAAUAUGGAAAUCAAUGUGCACAGUUAAACAGAAUAAUGUAGGCUACAGUCGCUAGUAGGUCAUUAUGCAUUUUAAAACCAGUAAUCUAGUUUUUUUUUUGUUUCAUUGUUAGCAAGUUUAUUUCUCUUAUCCUUUUUAGGAUGAAGAUUUUACAAAACCACUUAUAACAAUAGCAUGCCCUUACAUCAAUGUUAUACCAUGUAACUUCCACUUCAGGUAAAAAUUCUUUAUUAACUUAUGAUUAUGGUUUUAAUAAUGAUAUCGACAUUAAUGAUGGUAAUGAUAAUGAUAAUGAUAAUUAACAUUUUUUUUUUAGAUCAAGGUGAAUAUCAAGCUGCAAGGAAUAUUUAUCAAGCCGCGAGUUAUUACUGUUAAUAUCCAAGGCCACAAUUCACCAUGUGAUCUCAUUGGAAUAAUAAUUAAUUUAAAAGAAAAUAUAGUCAGUUCAGUUCUGGUGGGCUAUAUAUUUCAUUAAUGGGGAUCAAACCAAGAGCUCUAUAUAAACAAUUUGUUCCUGCAAGUGCCAAAUAAAAAAUAGCCAUAAGACACUGAUUCAAAACAAAAUGUCCGAAUCCAUGCUGUGCAGUGUAAAACUAAAGGAGUCCAAAUAAGAUAUUAUUAAAAAAAUCUGUAAGUUUAAUGUUUCCUUUAAAAAUAUAAAGCAAAACACCUGUACGAGUGACAGAAUGUAAUGUAAAAUUGCAGGGAGCUUGCAGAUCACGUGAUUAAAGCUGUUGAGGAACAGGGAGGUAUGACAUUCCUCUGUAAUGACAAGCCAAACUAUUAGCAAAAUCAUAAUUAAAUCAAUUGUUGAUGCAGUUGAUAUUUUUCUUGGGAAAAUAUGGCACAAUAAUUAGAAUGUGCAAAAUGUGCAAAAAAAAAAUUUUUUUUCACAGUUUUUUUUUCUUUCUUUUUAACUUUUUUGAUGACUCCACAAACAGUAAGAUAUACUAAUGUACAACAGUAGUGAGCUGAUACAUGUACACAAUCCAAGCUAAGAUCUAUGAAAUACUUUGACACUUAAGUUAAGGAGUGCCCUACCUUGCCUUUCAGGGAAAGCUGUUCUGAGUUGUACACCUGUCAUAAGUGAUGCAAUGACAAUGGUAAUGGACUAAUUACUCAUGCUUGUAAUAGGCCAAUUUCAAAUUUAUAUAUAACUUUAGCCAAGGUCAAAAGCGAGCUCAUGUGGGAACUUUUUGAGAAAAAAUCAUUCUGAAGUAUUCAGUUUUCUAAGCUAGCAUCACUUGUCUGAAUACCAAAAAUAGUCAAAAUUUUACUCCUGAGCCCGCAGUAGAUGAAACUGGUCACUGGAUACCUUCUUUUUGGCAGCUUUUAAUUGAUCAUAACAUGGAUUCCUCCAGGAUGUUCAAUAUCAAGUUCAACACAAUUUUACAAACUUCUACUUAAAUCUUAACAACACCUAUAAUUUGCCUCCUUUUUUGACCUUCAAGCUUUACAAAGCAUCGUACAUGUGUUUGAAUUUUCUCUUUGAUAUGAAGUGAGUAUUCAGAUUUAAAUAAUAUUGUAAGGCCCAUAGCGAGGUGACUAGUAAUCUUGUUUGUUUAAAUUAUUCUUUAGGGAACCAGUGGUAUGAAAUAUUCCCUGAUAUCAAGAGACUGGAUCACAGAUUGCAUCGAAAUAACACAUUCUGGUUACACAGGGGUGAGAUAAAUAAAUACUAAAAAGGAUUGUCAUUUUCAUCCUCUUUAUCGAUAACAUGGUCUUUUUUUUUUCUCACACAAUUUUGUGCAGAUAAAUCUUCAAAUUUGCUGUGACAAAUUCUGUUGUGUUCUCUUCUCCUCCUCCAUACCUUAUUUCUUUUUUUAUUUGAAGAUGAUGUGAACUGCAGAAAUACAAAUUUCAAAUAAAUAUAUGAUCGUCGGGUCGCAGUGGUAAUUGCAAUUUAAGCAGUUGCAAAUAAAAAAAAAAGAAAAAAGAAACCGGGACUUCAACAGGAUUCGAACUCAUGGCCUCCGCGUUAGCGCUGCAGUGCUGUACCAUUUGAGCUAUGAAGAACCAUACAUUGGAAGUUGGCCAAUUUGUUGUUUAUUUUCCCCUACCCGCUGACGUCCUCUUGUUCCUUCUGUGAAAUAUUUUAUGUUUCUCUCUAUUUUCAGCAUCUAGUUUAAGGUGACUUUGUUGUUAAUGAAGGCGCAGUGAGCUAUGACGAACUUUCGUUCGUCAAAACUGUUAAAUCGCACCUCAGCGGGGAGCGGGGGGGUGACGAACGACAAGACAGAAAAUAUCGAAAGGAGGUAUUAACCAGGGGCCUCUAUAGCCAAAUCAUUGCUUCAAUACCUGUGUCUUUUCCUACUCAGGAUGGUAUGAUCUGCCUGGCUGGUUGUGACAAGACAAUACCUGGUGUAACAAUGGCUCUGCCAAGACUCAAUGCGGUGAGUUUAGAUACUGCCUCACUGGAAGGUCAUGAGUCUGUUGAGAUGACCAGAUUAAAAGUGUCCCAAAUAGCUGUUACGCAUGGAAUUGCCAGGCAUGAAACUACUUACUUUGCUAUAUUAUUUAUUCGGACAUAAUCAACAUCGUCGGCCCAUGCCAGGCUCUAGUCAGUGCAGAACGCAGAGCGCAAAACCCGGGCGAACACCCCAGCGCCCAUGCAGUUUUCGUGCAUUUUUUUUCCAUCCACUUUCCCCACUAUCUUAGAGCCUGGAACAGGCUAUAAUCAACAGUAAACCAUAAAUAGAGUGACCAAAAUUGCCCGUUUGCUGCUCUGUCUUUUUGCUUUAAACGCGGUUCUUAAGGUGAUGUUACACGGUACGAUUCGCAACAACGAUUUUUGGCUCAACACAGCAUUACAGCAUUGGCGCGACAUUGUUUCGAACGGUUGCAGCAUUGUUUCAACAUUGCCACGCUGUGUUGCGCUGAGAAUCGUCGUUGCAAAUCGUCGUGAGUAACAUCACCUUUAAUCUGUCUAUUUUCUGUGCCGUAAAGGAAAAAAAUUAAAAUUGUCUUCCCCGCCCCCUUCCUAGACGUGUUACUCCUAGCAGUACGUUGCCGUGGUUUACUGUCAUCUCGCUACCAACGAAAUCGCCACCAACGAAUAACUCAGUGAAAUAAUUGACAUAGUUUGAUACCUAGGAUAUACUUGCGUCAGAUUUUUUACUUUUUCGCCAAGCUUAUUCGAAUUUUAAGUCGUCCCAAAUACAAAUGUGUGGAUCCUUACUGACGAUCCUUGCUUUGACAUGUCAUGCUCUUAACACUAAAUACCGAUAGGUUCGCGGUAAAUUUACUUUGACAUUUAGAAAAAAGAAGAAAAAAGGCAGAAACGUUUCACAACCACCAGUCAUUUCUUUGAAAGAUGGCAGAGUAGAGGUUAAUAGAAAAUUUAUGUCCAUGAAAGUUCUUUUCAUUUGUGUGUACUUGGGAGUUUUUAAAGAUAAUUGGUAGCUAUUUCGGUGGUGGCGAGAUGACUGGAUAUCGUUGCCGGUACUCAUUUAUUCACUUGGAUGGAGAGAGAAAAAAUGGAACAAGGUUUCUUAUCUAAGGAAAUAACGCGACGGCAAGGCUUGAACCUAAACCUUCCGCUGAUCCAAGUUCACGUUGUAGUUAGUCACCUUUCCUGAAGCACAUUUGCGUGGUUCUAGUAGGCUUUCACCAUUUAAACCCUAAUAUCAAAAUUCAAAGUCUCAUUUGUUAUCCCUAUCAUUUUUGAUGGAAGUAGUGGGGAGAAUUUGUUGAAGUAUCAGUUAGAUUCACCUUGUGUGAUCAUGUCCUCAAUUCUCAUGUCCACUGUGUUUUAUUAUGCAGUGAUAUCACAAGGAGAAAGUUGAUGCUGAUCAAUCUUGGGACUUAAAGGGUUAAGGAUCUUUAAAAAAAUGAAAUUUCUUGUUGCUGUGUGUUGUUAUUAUUAUUAUUAUUUUGUUGUUGUUAUUGUUUUUUAAAUAAUAUCUUGAUCAUGAGGCACCUCUGAAAGUAAAGGACUGAUCAAUAAGCCUUACUUCUUAUCCUCUGCUCAACAGUGUGGUAUAGUAGUUUAUGGUGGGACCAUGCUACCUGGUUGCGGAAAGAAACAUAAGAAUUUAAGUGCAGGGAGUCCAUUUGAGGUAACUUCAUGGCAUAUACUAUAAAAAACUGAAUAAUUGGAUAAUGCAAUUCUAGAGCUCUCAUUAGCUUAGCCAUCAUGGUAUAUUGGCCAUUAUACCCGGCAUGCCCUCCAAAUAUGUCAACUGUACGCGUCUGCUCAAAAUUAAAAACAAGGUGAAAAUAGGUUGUUUGUACAAAUAAAGUCGGGAAGAAUUCUCGAUAUUUUCUGGGCGUUUUUAAUAAAACAAUUAUUCCACUCGUGCUGUUUGGAUAUGAGAUGAUUAUAGCCAACUCAUAUCCAACGCGCACUCGUGGAAUAAUUGCUAAUUACAAGCUUCCAUGUCAGUUCGAGUACAUGCUUAACCACGUUCCAUACAGUGUACUUAGGGCUCGGAAAAAACUUCACGUUUACCUUGCCUUUUGGGCAAGUAGCACUCGCAUUUUACACCCGGGCCACUCACUCGUCUUACAGUAGUUAUUAGGGACCUUAAGCAAGGACGACGACGACGGCAGUGAAAACGUCGGUAAAAAAAAAUGAAUUUGCGUUCUUUCAAAUUUAAUCGCUUCUAUUUUGGAGCCGCGCAAUAUGUCAAAUGCAGGCGACUUUUCCUGGAGUUGAAUUCUUAAGGGAUUUUAUUCAGGUUCAAAGAGAGGAAGAAAAAUUUGUCGUGGUAUGUUCACGCCCUCCAUAAAACGACAAAUUAGGAGGUUUCACGUCGUAGUCGUGCAUUGGACGUCAAAGAAAUGUACUAAAAAGCGUGAUGCACGUGCAGAGCUGUUGUUUUGAUCAUUACACCUAUUGUUUUUUUCGAAGUCGUCGUUGUGGUCGUCGUCCUGGUUGCUUAAGCUCCCUAAUGUUUUUGUUGGUGGAUGUUUUGCCUAGACCCUUUCCCAUUGGGCAAGUGAACUUUAAAAGCUACUUACCCAGCAGCUACUUCUCCCGGAUUACCCGAUUGGAUAACGUUUUUUUGGAACCUCAAAAGAUUUUACAGGUGACGCCGUGCAAAGCCUAUAGCUAGUAAAUUGUACAGAGGUUGCGUUCUUCCGUCCACAAGUGUCUGUAGUUCAUGGUACUAGAUUCGUUCAAUGUAGGAUGUACGCAUUGCUCAACAUAUGGUAUUGAAGUGUAUUGGCAUGCUUGUAAUAAAAAAAAUGUCCCCUGUUCUAGGCAAUAGGUUCUUACAGUGCCGGGUUAAUGGACAUUGAAGAUCUUAAGGAUAUUGAGUGUCACGCCAUACCUGGACCUGGAGCGUGCGGUAAGAAAAAAUACUCCAAGGUCGGGUUGUUUAAAGCAGGGUUAAGAUAACCCAGGGUUAAUGCGUAAGUUAAAUUCAGAUAUGAAAGCUCCAAAAAUAAAAUCAGUUUUAUUCUUUUUGUCUACAAUUUGAUGAUUGGAUGCUCUUAAACGAAUGAAGGGAAUUAUCCGGGAAAAUGCUUUUGAACAAAAGAAAAAAAACGGGUUAAAAUUGUCCAAAAGACCUUUCCGCGGUUUUUCUUUUUUGUUUGUUUGUUUUGUUUAAAUUUUUUGUUUUAGAAUAAUUUGAAUGGCUAUCUGGGGUUACAACCGUUGGAAAAUACCAAUUUUCACUUUUUUCUUGUUAUUUUUUUUUUGUUAGGGGGGAUGUUUACAGCAAACACCAUGUCAUCUGUGGUUGAAACCCUUGGGCUGACACUGCCAGGUAUGUAGUCAAUCACGAGAAGUAUUCGUUUUCAAACUUAUCAAGAUGAAGCCUUGCUGGGACGGUUGAUAGGCUUUUGUACAUUAUGCUAGCAUUUUUUCGAGCAUUUUAGUGAGGCAAAAGCAUUGAGCAUUAUUCGAGCAUUUUAGUGGCAUUUUCCCCGGAAAAUUAAUUUUUCCGAGAAAAAAAAAAAAAAACUUUUUUCAGGAGCCCAUGCCCCAUGAGCUCCUGCUUUUUUAAACAAAAUGAAGACUAAAAUUCAAAAUUCACAAAAAACCUAAUACAGCUGGUUUUUUUGGCUGUAUUUAUGAACUUGGACACGUUGUCGUUGUUACUUGCAACACUUGCACGUUUUUGUAAGUGUAAACUUUGAAAUUAAUUUUUAAAAAAAAACCGUUUUUAUAAUGAGCAUUAUCCGAGCAUUUUAGUGACCUUUUUAGGGAGACCGAGCGUCUUAGACCCUGUUGACAUGGAGUGGGGGACCCCGGUCCAGUGGGGUAAGUUUCUUUUGUUUUGUAUCCCCCAGAGCGUGAAAACAAAAGAAACUUACCCCACUAGACCGGGGUCCCCCACUCCAUGUAAACAGGCCCUUAGUGGGAAAAAUGGAUCAUUAAGGUGGAGCAUUUUAGUAGGGAAGCAAAAGCAUAAUGUACAAAAGCCUAACGGUUGAUGUCUUCCUUAUUAAAUCUAAUUGCCUCUUUCGGCGUUGUUUUUGCCAUCGUCGUAGACUUGCUCACAAGUCGAGCUUUUGAGCGCGUAGCGCGACUGUGAGCGCGAAGCGCGAUCGUACGAGCGCGGAGCGCGAGCGACCACACCAGACCAGAAAACCAAGCGAACGACUUUGAGAAAGUCUACCAUCGUCGUCGUCGUUGCUUGAGCUCCCUAUUAGGGACUUUAAGAUCCAACGACGCGGACGACAACGAGAACGUCAAAAAAACAAUUGGUUUAAUUAGCAAAACAACAACUUCGCACGUGCAUCACACUUUUUUGUACAUUUCUUUCCCGUUUUUGCACGACUACGACGUGAAAAUGCCUAAUUUCGCGUUUUAUGGAGGACGUAAACAAGUAACGACGAAAUUUUAUUUGUCUUUCUGAGCUUGAAUUUGGUCCCUUGAAAUUCAGCUUCAGGAGGGUUCGCCUACAAUUGACAAAGUAAGUGGGUAUAGGAAUAAUCGCUAUAAAGACUGAAAGAACGCAAAUUGACUUUUUACGCAACGUCCUUGUCGCCGUCGCGUCGUUGGAUCUUAAAGUCCCUAUCAUCUUGUGUAAAAGGCUUUCUGUUUUUGUUUACUAGGGAGUGCCUCUGGUGUUGCUGUGGAUAGUGAGAACAAGGUUGGUGUCUUUUGGUUUUAUGUUAAACGACUCAUGAGGAAAUAAAACCGGUCAACGGGACUUUACUUUACUGAUUGAUUGAUUGAUUGAUUGAUUGGUGAUUGAGUGAUUCAUCGUCUGAUUGAUUGAUCGAUCAAUCGAUUGAAUGACUGAGUGAUUGACGGACUGACUGGUUCGUUGAUUUUUCUAUUUCCAAAAACUUCUAUGUUGAAAUGAAUCCAAUAGAAUCUUCCUAACCGAUUUACUCUCCCUCGCAACCGCUCUUUGGAUUCGUGUGUGGCCGAGUGGUUAACACCUCGAACUCCCGAUCUGGAGGUCCGGGGUUCAAGCCUCGCCCGUCGCGUUGUUUCCUUAGACAAGGAACUUUACUCACUUUGUCUCUCUUCAUCCAGGUGUAUAAAUGGGUUCCGGUGACAUACUGCUUGGGGGUAACCCUGCGAUGAACUAGCAUCCCGUCAACGGGGGGAGGAGGCGGGCGGGUAGGGGAGUAGCAAUACUCCUAGGUGCUUCAUGCUAAUGAAAACCGGGAUAAGUUCCGGCCGUUUAGGCCUUCGGCUCGUGUGCGCCUUUUCCUUUUUUGCAACCGCUUUUUCACUCGUCACGCAAAACUCCUGGCCCCAAAAGAACUUUGGAGACAAGCAAUACGUGGCGCUACAAUAUUGCUUCGUUGGAGAUUAUGACCUCUAGUUGGAGUCUGGAUUAUCCAGAUCCGAUUCACGUGUCAUAUGUAUCAACUGGGCAUUUUACAGUUGUAUGUUUAGUGCCCUGGUCUUUGACUAAAAGCGAGGCAAGAGGUGACCUUGUUUUUUUUUUUUUGCAAACCUUGCCGUUUUUCACAUGUAAUAAAUGAUCAUGUUGACGGGCUUGUUAGCAUGGGAAUAACAUGUUUACCAUUGAAAAGCUUUUCUGAAUCUUCUGUCCUGUCGCCGCCAUAUUGGAAAACGAGAAGACCCUGGGGACGAGGUUGUUUCUACGCUUGAGCAGUUGGAGUGGGUAUUCCGUGGUGAUAUUUCUUCAGUUAAAUAAUAACAACAACAACAAACAAAAUAAGACAACACAUGUCAAACAUCAGGCCAACUCUCUUAUAUUCCGUCUCUUUAUAAAGGACUUUCCUCUCUUCCUUGAAGUGCUUUUUUAUCUUUCCUGGUUAGUUGUAGCAAGUUGUAGGUUAGUUAGCAUUGUAACUGACUAGAGUUUCUUAUUCUCAAGGUGGCUGAGAAAAAGUUGAGGGAGGUGGAAGAAGCUGUCAAGACAUUGUUUACACUCAUGAAGACAGGACAAACAUCUCGCGAUAUCAUGACUAGAAAGGUAUUAUGAUAUUCAGAAUAUUGAAAGUCAGUAUCUCUUAAAACAAAUAUUUUAAAUUUGUUCUUGCCUUGAAAACGCGUUAUAUUGGAUGUUGCCGAGUGUUGUAAAGGUCCAGUAACCCCUGAAGACCACCUCGUUGAAGGUGUGAACAAGCUAUCAUUACACAGACAUUUUAUCAACCGACCUUCUUGUCGCUCUAAGCGGAAAAUGGGAGUAACGAGUGCUACGAUGUAAUAGCAAAGAAUGAUUGAUUGAGUGAAAAACACGUUAAAAAAAUUUUGUCGAUAUUAUGGUUCUUUAAGGUGGCUCUACCCGGUUUUUCAAUAACAAUGUCUAUUCUCUUUCAAAGCGAAAUAAGAAAAUCGAAAAUCGAAUUUUAACCAUGCAUAUUCAUGGUUUGGAUUACAGUCGUAGUUUUUUUUACGAAAUCAACCUAUCCAUAGGCAGGUCUUUGCCCCGCAAAGAAGUUGUUGAAGGAAAGUACAUGUGUAGUUAAGGUCUAAGCCAUGAAUCUUUUCCCAUCCUUAACAGGCCUUUGAGAAUGCUGUAACAGUCAUGUAUGCCUUAGGUGGAUCCACUAACGGAGUUCUUCACUUGCUGGCUCUGGCGCAUGAGUAGGUUUUUUCUUAGACUACGAGUAGUCCUCAUUUUUCUUCAGGUAUAGUCGAGAGAGCGAAACGCGAACGCGCGUGAAAAUCCCCUCACUCGAGAGAGACGAGACUAUCCCAGAGGAAAAAUUGGGACUACGAGUAGUCUAUUUUUAUCUCCUUAUUAUGAAUAAUUAUUUGACAAAAAAAAAAAACAUUUAAAUGAGACUUAUGCAUUAGACUUUUCCACGUUUUUAUCAAGUUUUGAUGAGAAUCAUUUGGCGAAAAUCUGUCAACACCGCUGAAAAGAGCCCAUUAUCAUUUGUAAACUUGACAGGUUUGGAAGUAAUUCGUCUAAAGUGAGCGCAGAUAGAGCUCCCUAAAGUCGCGAAAUUGUACAUGUGAACACAAGACUGAGAUGGCGCGGUGAACCGAGCCAGUCGCCUACCCAAUUAACCAAGUGUGUCAUGUGCUCACUCUGUGGUCUCUAACCCCAUUAUUUUUUCUAAGAUUAAAAAAAAGACAUUUCGACAGUCUCCUGUCACUGAGGAGUAGGGAUGGGUAAACUAUAACCAUUUUCGUUCGUUUUAGAUCUGACGUGCAAUUUUCCAUUGAUGAUUUUAACACAGUUGGUGGAAAGGUCCCACUGAUCGGUAAUCUCAAGCCCCACGGCAAGGUAUAUAGUCGAUAACUUUGAAGUGAGAUUGACGCACGGCUAACGAAACCAUCUAACUUUGGAAGGGCAGAGUCUCAUUAACUGGGAAUCGGCUAAAGGGAGUAAGUUUCAAAUCUUCUCUUAAAUCUGAACUCUCGUUAUGUGAGACUCUGGUUGGUAUGUGACUCUCCUUUUCAUAUCCACGUUGAAAUCACUGGUGAUCCCUACAAUCUGAUUGGCUCUCAGGAGUGUGAUUUAUUCAAGAUUCACACCAGUUUUUUUUUUUUUUUUUUUUAAUCACAUCUGUUCUAAAUCGUUAUUUCUGUUUUGAAUCGCACCAUUUUCGCUCCAUAUUGCGUUAUUUCCUUUUCGGGUACAAAAUGAGAUGUAAAAGCCCUUUUGUUUCCGCUUUUCAGCAAACCGGCUACUUGGUCAAAUAAAUUGGUAAAGACUGAAUUCUACGCCGUAUUUCAAAAUGGCUGUAAAUAAAGUGGUAAUUGAACGUCAUGUCGUGGAAUUUUGGUCUGAAAUGAUACUCUUGUGAUUUCAAAUAGAACUCGCGCUGCGCGCUCGUCUGAUUUUAAAAUCAUGCAUUUGAUUUCAGACCGAAUUGCACUCCUCCCUCCACUUAGUUCAAUUACCAUUAUUUGAUUAUCGUUGUAUUCAGUUGUAUUUGACUAACACUAUAAAAUCUUCGUAGUCGUUUUUAAACAUCACUUGUAAAUGUGUACAGCCAGGAUACUGCAGGGGCACCCAACGAGGAUAUAGAUCAAAACCACUUAACAUAGCAUUGUUGAACGUAUUUUAGUAUUCAAACGGUAGAUAUAGGCAUAUUUUUAUCCCCUAAAAACUUUUCAUCUGUUUGGAUUUCCUAGCUGGAAAUCUAGUGAUCCCAAAAUUAUAGGGAUAAAAACUUACCUUCUCGAAAAUUUCAGCCAGGAAAAGGCUCCCGAAAAUUAUAGGUGGCCUUUUUUAGGGUCAAAAUCCGUUAAAAAUGAGUAAUUAUACUAUUUUGUAGAUGUUCGAAAAUCCUAGGAGAGGCAGGUAAGCAAGAAAUUUUACAACAAAUGCUACGAAAAUUCUAGAUCUCAAAUCGUCUUCCGAACAGAUAUUUUCCCGAAAAUUGCCGUUGGGUGCCCCUGAUACUGAUACAUCCUUUCCUUUCUUUUUUUCUUGGAUCUCAAUACGUGUUUUACAAUUGCUUUUGUUUCUAUUUUCGUUUUUUAGUACCAGAUGGCUGACUUGGACAAGAUUGGAGGUCUUCCAGUAAGUGGAAUCUUAAUUUACCAGAGAAUUCCUUUUUUUUCCCGUACUAAUAAAGACAAACAUACUAUCUUCUCUCUCAGAUAAUGUUAAUGGGCUCUGUCAAUUUUUGGCAUAAGCAAGAUUCCAACUCACUGUUUAAAGGAAGCGUUGGUCACGUGACCUCUUAGUGCAAGUGGCCUAUUGACUAAUAUGACAGUGAGUGAUAUUCAAUGUACCAGAGAAUUCCUUUUUUUCCCCGUACUAAUAAAGACAAAAAUACUAUCUUCUCUCAUCAACUGAGACAAAAAGCCUACUUCCGUUACAGUAUAGACUGUUCAAAGACCUCUAUGUUUCGGUAAGAUAGUGUAAGAUCGUCGAGAUCGAGCGCUUAACGUUACGGGCGGCCAUCUUGGUUUCAAAUAAACCGAGAGGGUUCCCUGAGUUAGUCUCCCUCGCAGCCGUUUUUGUCUUGUCACGCAACUCUCCUGUCCAACAGCGUUACGUGACGAGAUUAAAACGGCUGCGAGGAACGCUACCCCUGAGCUGGUUUGAUACUCAUCCCCCAGGCUAGAGACGGUACGUUUUAAGCCAAGAAUGCCCAAGCAUGUUAGGGAAGCUGGUCACUUUUGGUCGAUCCCCACGGUAUUAACGGAAAAAAUGGGGACUGUUAGACUUUCUAAAAGUCCUUUAUUUUAUUUUCCUGGUUGCUUGUGCCAUUUUAAAGAACUUUUCAUAACUUUUUGGCACAAAUUUAACCGGUCGAAAACUCUGCCGAAGAUGUCAUUAGGCGAUUUACACGGAGAGGUCAUCUGACGGACAUUGUUUUUUUUUUUUUUGAAAAUGAACGUUAUAUCAUUUUGCCUUCGGAAAACGAUUAGUGGUUCAUAUCUUAAACAAAAUAACAGUGAUUUGGUUUUUCAAACCUGCACCAUUUUCUUAAAAUGAGUAAGUUCGUAGCUGGUCACGUAGCCAAAAUGUGAUUUAUAAAAUUAUGAACUACCUCCUUCUGAUGCAAGUUUUUAACUUAAACUUCAAGGAAAAUGUUGGAAAGAUGAUGUGCCUUGUUGGAGGGCAAGAGUAUGCCCUCCAACAUGGCGGCCAAUACAAAUCAUACUACUUUGUUGAAAAAUCAAAGUGCCAUAAAAUAUCUCCCUUAGAUGCGUUUCCUCUCAAAUUUCUGGUGUAAGAUAAUGUUAAUGGGCUCUGUCAAUUUUUGGCAUUAGCAAGAUUCCAACUCACUGUUUAAAGGAAGCGUUGGUCGCGUGACCUCUUAGUGCAAGUGGGCUAUUGACCAAUAGGACAGUGAGUGAUAUUCCACGCCGCUCCCGACACAGCAUAUGUCAAUCAUGUUUUUUUCCCGCGUGAAUGUAUAAUAUGAUUCAAAUCCAUUCAGGCAAAACAAGUCGACCUCGAGACUUCGUCGCUCGCUGACCUGAUGCAUUGAAGCUCGCUUUCAAGAACUCAUGAGAGGUCGACUUGUAGUAUGUCUUGGAGACUGUGAACAGUGUAAUUACACUAUUAUUUGUUCAUUUUUGACAGAUUGUUUUGAAAGAGCUUCUUUACAAUGGCUUUCUUCACGGAGAGCAAAUGACAGUUAACGGAAAAACCGUGGCUGAGAAUCUGAAGGAUGUCCCAGGAAUUUCUGAGUUGGGAGCGCAGGUAAUUCAAAAGGGUCCCCAAAAGAUUUUUCGGGAUCCGGGAUUUUCCUUGUCUGAAACUCGGGAUUCGAGAUUUUAAAGCAAAAUCGGGACGAGAUUCGGGAUUAUCUGGUUGGUUGCGCCUGGAAAAACCGAAGCCACUAAAAACUAAUUACAGCACUCAACUUCCAAAUUUGACCUUUCUUAACCCCUCUCCUUUCAAAUUGUUGCUAAGCUCCCACAGGUCUUCUUUAAUUCAGAGGUUCCUUAAAGGAGUAUUAAAGGAACACUUAGUUCGCUCGCUUUUUUGGAUUAAAUGGACAUAGCCGUACACUCUUGUCACAGUUGAUCAUAUAUACUGUUGAUUCCUGUUUCUCACUUUUUAGUUAAUACUUUCGAUGCUCUGAUUAUGUCGCAGGAUAUCAUUUCCCCAGUGUCAUCUCCACUGGCCCCUGCUGGCAGACAUAUCCUGAUACUGAAGGUGAAUAUCCAUAGAGUGGCCACCCUCUAAUCAACGUCCAACAGCCACGGACCCAGCAAAGAUAAUUGUCAAUAAAUUACCGGAUAGAGGCAGGAGCCCCUCAUGGGCUCCUGAUAGAAGACCUCAAUUAAACGGCCGCUUUCGCUUUCCCAAGAGCGGUCACUUGACAGAGUAUUAACCGUACAUGCUUUGUUAAAGUGGAUAAAGCCUUCUUGAAAUCGAUUGAUUCAAGCGUGCUAGGCUCAAAGAAAAAUAACGCUAAGGGAAAAUGUGAGUAGGGAGAAGAAGGGAGAUUUGCCCUCUUGAAUUCUCUCCUGGCACACAUUGCUCGCCUCUCACGCUUGAGAUAAUUAAUUCCCGCGUUUCCUGCCUUAAGCGACCACAAUGUUGACGUUUAUUUUAAAAGACCCUGAAUAUCAGUCCGACACUGGGGAUCAAACCCACUCCUGCCCGCUCUGUAGUUAGGUGCUGAGAUAAAGUUUUCUUUUCAAUCGCGUUUAUUUAUUCCUUUAUCUUCCUGAAAGGGAAACUUGGCCCUGGAGAGCGCCGUACUCAAGCUUAGCGGCAAGGAUAUCGCAGGGCCAUUCCGUGGCCCGGUAAGUUAGUGUUGUUAAUUCCCGUUUACAUUUCAAGCUAUAAUCCUGAGAAAUGGGACGAUGUCAUUACUUUAGAGUCGCAGUGAGAUUUGCAUAGCAAUGAAAGGAAUCCAAAAUCAAUACGGUGUAUGUCCCAAAGGUUUCUGUAUUGUAUGACUAAAAUGGUACCAUGGUCGGUCUUUUAUUAAGAAAAAUGAAAGGCCCUAUCAAUUUUUAGGCCUUUACAUAGGUACAGGUCAGCUGGUUUGUUUUCCUUUUGAACACCACAAGCGGACCGUUCGAACUGUUCAAGGCAUUUUUGAUGUCACGCGCGACAUGCAGUUGCUGUAUUGCGAUUUCGUAACGCCCGCUGUCGGUGUAAUUCAAGUGAUCGAGAGAAAUGCUUCAUAAAACACAAAUGUUUGCACCUUUUGAUCCCAAAAGUUAAUGUAAGAUAAGAAAGUUGAAUAAUUAAAGAUAGUUUAGCAUGUGUUUUUAGUGUCGUCUUCCACGUUUUUGUGCAUUUUUGAGUCGCUUGAAACUGAGUGUCAGUCUCGCGGAUGACGCAAAAAAUGCUUCGAACAGUUCGGAUGGUCAGCCCGUGUGAACACACUGGUGACUACGCCAUUAUAGUAUUUGCAAUGCUUUGCAGGCAGCGGUGUUCGAUGGAGAGGAGGAGGCUUUUCAGGCUAUUAUGAAUAGAAAGGCAAGUUACUUUUGUCCAUCCCUAUUUACAUUAUCCUUAACCAAAACCUCGUUUCAAGAGAUAUGUUUUUGAAUGUUUGGGUUUUCUGUAUUUUCUGCUCCUGUUGUUGUUGUGUUUCUUAAAUUUGAAUCGUUAGCCAUCUUGUGGGAUAAAAACUUAAAAUUAGGUUAAAGCAUCUCCCACCAGUGGGUUUAGCUUUUGACCAACCGUAAGAGCUGUCCAUGAAAACAUGAGACAAAAAUACUUUUAAUGGUUGAAAGUUUACAUUGUUUCAUUCGCACAUUUCUCUUAUAUACUUCAAAAACCUCACUAACCAGCGCACCGAAGGUAGUGUUGAGAACUGGUACACUGUAAAUUCAAAAAGUCAGUUUCAGCCUCUCCUGGAACCGUUACAGCACAAUUUAAACCAAAACAGCCCAUCAAAGGCCUAUUUCAGCCCACGCUGGAAAUCAUUUCAACCCGUGGGUGCAAGGUAGCAGUAGGUAAUUGGACCGUCUUGGCCCUGAUUAUAAGGGAGCCAAACUGGACCCCCACAAAAAAAUAGAACUGUUUUUGACUCACCGAAACGGGAUAAACAUAAUUACGUGUUAUUAUUUUUAUUUUAUUUAUUGCUGGCGACAGGAGGAACCCGCACUCCUAAUCUCCAAACAUUAUCAGUAUUUUUUAUUAUUUUUAUUUUAUUUAUUGCGGGCUCCUCUUGUCGCCCGCAGUCCUAAUGUCUAUGUUGUAAUUACGCAUGCGUCGCAUGUAUGUAGCCAGCAUUUGUUUGGACUUCCACUAAGAAAGAGUGGAAUGCACGGAGAGAUCACGCGCGUUUUGACUAUCUGUCAUCUAAAACCUACGCGAAGCAUGGCAACGGAGCAAAACAAUUUUGACCUUCGAUCAUUGUUGCACUCCCUAACUUUUGGUUAUUACUAGUUUAUUUCAUCAUCAUCAUCAUCAUCAUCAUCAUCAUUAUUAUUAUUAUUAUUAUUAUUAUUAUUAUUAUUAUUAUUAUUUACAAUGUAGUCUUGUGUUCUAUUGAAUAACUCUUUCUUAAGCAUGAUAUUAAUUUAUCAUCAGAUAAAAGCUGGAGAUGUUCUCGUCAUUCGAUAUGAAGGACCAAAGGGAAGGUCGGUACUCGGUUUUGCUUUAUAAUCAUUGCUUAAUUAGUAUUUAUUUCCUCAAUUCAAAUACACAGAUCAUCAAAAUAAAUUGUAGAAAAAAGUGAAAGAAUAAACGGUGAUAUCUGGGUAAUGUGUCCGUUUAAACAGAAAACGGAAAUUCCUUGUUAAUAGCCAACUGCCUGGAAUGAAAUAUAAAGAAUUCAUAAUACUAUAAAUCGAAAAGUGAUUAAGAGGUAUAUAUAUUCACACCACGUUAACUCUAAAUGAUCAGAAACCUAUAAAAAUGAAAUAAAGCUGCCAUACACUUAAAAAAGUCAAUGUGCCUGUAAGGUAUUUAAAAACGAAAUAUAAAUCCAAAAAGUUCCUUCUUAACUCAAGAGGAUAAGUUAGAUCCCACUUCAAGAUAAAUUUGGUAGCACGCCUUGAGGCACGCUCGAGGGCUAUGAUUUUUUUUUUUUUUUUUUUUUUUUUUUUUUUUUUUUUUUAGUACUUGUAUGGGGAGACCAAACUUGACCAACGUUCUAGUUGUCUUUGAAUUCUUUUCUAUCUACUUUUUCGCAGCAAUUUUCUCACUUCACUUUAACCGAGUCUUUUCUCUGCUUUCUUGUCUUUUGUCUUUAGCCCGGGCAUGCCUGAGAUGCUUUCACCCGGUGGAGCUCUAGUAGGCGCAGGACUGGGGAAGAAAGUGGCUUUAGUUACUGAUGGACGGUUCAGCGGAGCCAGCCAUGGCAUUAUGAUUGGUCACGUGUCACCUGAAGCACAAGUAGGCGGUCCAAUAGCGCUUAUACAGAAUGGAGAUAUAAUUGUCAUUGAUCCGCAAAGUGCAACCCUUGAGGUGGUACGUCAAAAUGAUUCUUAAAAAGUGAAGCUGUUACAUGUAUGCCUAUUAUUACCAUAACAUACUUGCAGAGCCUUCUAAGACGCACAGCAAGGUUGCGAGUCCGCUAACAUGUACUGUCUUGUCAUGUCAUGUUAUGUCAUGUCUGUCACGUGAAGUUAUGUCUUGUCAAGUAAUGUAAUUUUGUGUCAUGUCAUAAGAUGUUACAGCAUGUGGCUUAUGAAAGGACAACAGUUCGUGUCUUCUUAAUGCAUUGCAAUUCAUGUACAUUAUAUUAAAUUUACAUUAUAUGACACACGUUGCUAUCAGGGUCAUUAAAAAAAAACGCAUGGUAUGUCUAACCUCCUCAAUCGGUAGGAAAAACGUUUUUGAUUUACGAUUAUCAUUUAAACAUUAGAAAAAUUUACUUUUGGUAUGAAAUUGAGAACAGCAAACAUGUGAUUUUUUUUUCCUUUCUCCACACUUGUGACAUGUGAAAUGGCUUUGUUUCGUAAUUCCGGUCGUAUUCGUAAUACAGUUGUAGUGUAUUUUCCCAAAAAAAAGCCAUCCUCUUUACGCGGCCUAUUGAUAUAGUUAAUUAAUUAAUUAAUUAAUUUAUUUAUUUAUCCAUAUUGUCAUAAAACAUCUUCCGUUAAAACUAAAAUUUAAAAUUAAAAUUUUGCUCUUCAGGAACUCUCUGAUGAAGUGUUGAGUGAGCGAAGGAAACAAUGGCAGCCACCUCCACGGAAACUCGUAGGAUUACUUCAUAAGUAUACAAAAGUAGUUUCCAGUGCUCACGAAGGAGCGGUUACCCACUAAUCAAACUAAAAGACAACCCUAGCGUCUUGUUCUUUGCUGUUCCUGAAGGCCCAGUAUUAUAGCAAACGUCCGCUCAUUCAAAGUAGCUUCAACGAUAAAUACGGAAUGAA